ACUUGGAAGCACGGCACUGCGACACUCACAUUUCCUUCGGCGACUUGUUCUCGUGUCGAAUCCGCAUAAAUAAGGUAGAUAGAUGAAUAGACGCCACAGCUCAACAGCCGAGCCAUUGCGAAUCGACAGAAAGAAGAGUGUAGCGGAACAUCUUUUGGAAGUAGUUGUGUGGGUUUCGUCGUAAAGAGGCCAGGAGGGUGAGUAUAGACGACGGAUUGUUGGGUGUGCGGGGUGUGAUUGAUCCUCGUGAGGUGAUGCGUUGAUUACCUCGUCACGUCGAGAAAGUUUCUGGGGGGUUGGAGAUCGUGGAUGUUGUCAUUGGGAAAACCACACGUAGAAAUUUUGAGUUUGGAAGAGAUUUUCUUUUAAGAGGAAGGCUACUGCAAAGGUGUGCUAAGUUGGUUGGUGAAUUUUGACGACGUAGUUCUUCAGGAUUGAAGAGGAUGGUGCUUUCCACGGGAUGAGUCUCAUUCGGUGUGGAUCUUUGAAGAUGGGUUCCUCAGCAUUUGGGGAAUGUUGGGGUUGCAGGUUUGAUUACCUCGCAAGCCGCUUGAAACAUCGGGUGGAAGUGGUAGUGAAGUCUGUUUUGGUAACAACCAAGGAGGGCUUCUAGAGGCCGGAUUUUUUCGACCAGGAGCUGUAAUGUUAUUGGGUUAUAGAGGCUAGGAUUCACAACACACCACUCUAACACACACACACACACAAUGGAGCUGGAUACGAGAGACGUAUCCGCCGGUCCUGCACUAAGUCAUUUAGAGAGCUUCAAGUCCCGUGCUUCUUACUUAUUUAAAGACAGUCUCAAAAUUGCACGUAUUGCGUUGGUGGACGUUAGCACUGCAGAAUUAAUGACGGAGGAUGCUACGAAUGCUGAUGACUGGGGUCCGACAACAAAAGCCAUGGCGGAUAUUUGCAACGCUACGAGCAACUCUGAGGAUUAUCUGCGAAUAGUGCAGGUUCUUCAUAAGAGGUUUGCGCUUAACACCACAAAGCACUGGCGACAAAUCCACAAGUCGUUGAUUCUUCUCGAAUAUCUACUUAGUCAUGGCCCCGAGCACUUAGUCGUGGAGUUUCGUCAAGACAGGGGCCGGUUGGAGGAAUUUGCACGUUUCGAUUACGUGGAUUGGACAGGGAUUGAUAGGGGCUCGCCUAUCCAACGAAGAGCCAAACGCAUACUCCACUUGCUACGCGACGAAAUCGCAUACAAGGAGGAGCGCGCACGAGCUCAGAAAAUCUCUCGAGGCAUUCUCGGGUUCGGCAGCCAAUCGUUCUACCACAGAUCUCGUCCGGAAUCUCUCGACACCUUUCCUUACAGCAGAUCAACGUCUUCAAUCCCAGAAAAGCAUGACCCAUCGUUACAGAUUGUUCGUGACAAGCACAAAUCCAGCAGUGGAAGCAGCACGCCAGUCACAUACUUGAAAGGCGAUAUAUCAUCGCCGGAGUGGCGAAACUCAGCUGCCAAUUCGCCAACAUCGGUCUUGCCAUUCAACAGCGAUUCACCUAUUCACGACAUGAUCAGAUUCGACGAUGAAAUGCAACCGUCGACUCCUCGCGAAGUGAACCCAGUAGCCACAACUCCUCCUUACUCGGACGCGAACGCAUCGCCGCGGCUCCGGAAGCUGCCGCCGCCGCCGCCAGUGGCAGUGUACAAAUGCGUGACGGCAGCGCCACAAAAUGCCUCGCGGGUGCGGCAGACCACACCGCGGAGCCCUAAACCCGUGCCUGCUUUGCCAGACUUGAUCGCCAUUUAAUUGUGAGAAAAUCAAAAAAACUUUAUAGAAUGCUUCCUGAUAAUUCCUCUACGCGGCUCCACUUGUACAUAUUUGAAUCUAUUAGACGUGAUGCUUCUUUGCCUCAAGCACUGAUUGCAACGAAGGUCCAUUGUAAGAUGACCCCACAUCAUAAAUAUAUCUAUAUAUCUAUCAAUCAAUUAUUCAUAUCA